AUGGGAAAGGAAUGGGGCAAUAAUGGCGGACCAAUGCCUGCGAUGUACCACGAGCUGAUUUGCACGAUAGGAGCACAAGCGGAUAUCCAAGUGAUAAAGAGCUCGCCGUGUCUUCAAACUGAGUCCCAAAACAGGGCGGUUUCGUCGUCUUUGGUCCCUUGUUUCUGCUGCAAGUCAUACCUCCGACGACGACGAAGCCCGCAGGGAUGCCGCGGCGGGCUGAGGCCAUGGCAAUCUCUGCUGGUUAUGGAUGGGCUUGCGGGAGACAGCCACGUUGAGACCUGUUCACCCAGGGCUUUUUCUGGCCAGCGGGCUACUAUACUCGACCCAAUCGAGGGCAGUAGAGGUUGGCGCUGUCAGUUAUCACCAAGUGUCUCAAAUAAUGUGUUAGGCUUACUUAGCGUGACGGCGAAGGAUGACAAUCACCGUUGGCGUCGAGACUCGAUCUCUGAAACUUGCACCAGGAACGCCUUGGUUGGCCUCCGUCAGGGUAUGUGGAUAAUUGAGCGUGUUGGCGCUGCACACGAUCUACGUGGUGGGGAGUCGCCCAGAAAAGCUGCGGAUGGUCUGUCCACGCAUAAAGUUAUCUUUGACCACACCUGCACAAAGCCUAAAAACUACAGAGUACACCCUCGCAAUGCGUUUUCCGCUCAAUGA